CGCUUUCAAAUUUAGAGCCUUAUGGGAUGCGUCACGUGCUUCCGAUCAGUUCAGCUGGUCUUCCGUGGGUGGUUACCACAGCAACGGAGUCUCCAUUGUGCUUUGGUCAAACAGAAAACAGGAGCAGUCAUGAGUGGCGAAGCAGUUUUCCCUCUUCAAAGUUCAGCCGCUGGCUUCAGUACUAAGGUCCCUGUGGAGCACCUGGACUAUGAUUUCAUUGAAAAAUGCAAAGAUGUCAAAUAUCUGGAGAAGAUACUGAGAAUUUUGAGGUCUGGUGAAGAGGGCAUAUAUCCCCAUCUGAUUAAGUUCUGUGAAAGACACUUGGAGAAGCUGAACCCUAACAGUCGAGCUCUCAGGAAGGAAAACCCUGUUGCCACGGAAGCCAACUUCUCUAAAGAUGAGUGGAACCAAAUCGUUUUCGACCUAAGAACAUGGGCCGAAGAAACCAAAAAGACUGAAACCUUGCUGAAAGAGGAAUCAGUGUUUGAGGACUUGUCAGAUGUGAAAAUACCUCCUAUAAGAAGUUCAAAUUGCUUUGUUCCACAUAAUAAGACAUCACUCCCAAAGCAAACAAGAAAUCCCUCAAAACGUGUUGUACCUCGUGAUUAUCAAGAAUGGGACAAGUUCAAUGUGGAAGAGGAAUGUGGCAAGGUAGAUGGGAGUAUGCAAAGAAAUGACCCACCAGCUCAGCUGAACUCAGGACAUCUCAGCAUCAGGAGAGAAGUGGAUGCCUCAUUGUUGUCACAUCAGGAGAAGCUCCUUUUGGCAAAUCGGGAAAAGGAUAAGGGCAAUGAAGCUUUCAGAGCCAACGAUUACGAAGAGGCGGUUGCAUACUACUCCAGGAGCCUUUCCAUUUUCCCCACUGUGAAUGCAUACAACAACAGAGCUCAGGCAGAGAUCCGCCUGGAGCAUUGGCACAAUGCCAUGACAGACUGUCUGCAGGUGCUUGAGCUAGAACCAAGGAAUAAAAAAGCCCUUCUGCGUCGUGCUACUGUUUACUAUCAUAUGGGGAAGUUUCAAAUGGCCUCUGAAGACCUGAGGACGGUACUUCAGGAAGAGCCGAACAAUCCUGCAGCAAUGCAACUUCUGUCUAAAAUUGAGAAGAAGAUGUCAGAUUGCCCACCAGAGCAGCAAAGCAAGGGGAAAAAAAUCCUCAUUGAAGAGAUGGAGGAAGACUUGUGUUGUAGCAAAGAAGAACAGGAGGAGCAGAGAGCUCGUCCGGUUCAACCCAGCCAGCCUGUGGGAGGGGAGGAGAGCUCUGCUGCUCCUGCCGAAAGGGGAAACAUGGGAAACGCUCAAAAAAAGCCCCACAGUAGAGGGGACGGGGGUCCGCACACUGACACCAGCAACUCGCAUCAUGGACCCUGGAGGGGGAAAGGGGGCACCUCGGAUAAGUACAAAGUCCCAGAGGAGUCAAAGGAGAAGGUGGCCAACGGAUCAAGCAAUAGGGGAUCGACUGCUUCAGCCCAGGGUGAUAAAGGAACUACAGGUGGGGAAAAAGCAAAGGAAACUGUCAAUCUGGACGCCCCCUGCGGAGCCCUCCCCCCACACCUUUCUCGGCUAAAGAAUGAAGGGAACCUGCUGUUUAAAAACGGACAAUUUGCCGAUGCUUUGGAGAAAUACUCACAAGCCAUCCAGGGCUACACAGAUUCAGGUAUGGAUAGUCCUGAGGAUCUGUGUAUUCUGUAUUCCAACAGAGCGGCGUGCUACCUGAAAGACGGCAGCAGUCAGGACUGCAUACAGGACUGCACCAGAGCCCUGGAGCUGCAGCCGUUCUCCCUCAAGCCCCUCCUGCGCCGGGCCAUGGCUUACGAGUCACUGGAGCGCUACAGGAAGGCCUACGUGGAUUACAAGACCGUCCUGCAGAUCGACAUCAGCGUGCAGGCGGCACACGACAGCGUCAACAGAAUCACCCGGUUGCUGAUAGAGCAGGACGGAUCAGAGUGGAGAGAGAAACUCCCAGACAUUCCCCUGGUUCCCCUGUCCGCCCAGCAGCACCGACGAGAAGACCCCCCCAGCCAGCAGGUUCUUCAGGCUCGAGCAGAAAAAGCCUCCAGAGACGCAGAAAGGAGAGCAGAAGUCCGUUUUACAGCUUUGAAGCAAGAAGGGAAUGAUUUUGUGAAGAAUGGUCAGUACCAGGAAGCUCUGGGGAAGUACGCAGAAUGCCUUAAGCUAAAGCCAAAGGAGUGUGCUAUCUACACCAACAGAGCUCUGUGCUACCUAAAGCUGCAGCGGUUCGGUGAGGCCAAGCAGGACUGCGACGCAGCGCUGGAACUGGAGCCGGUCAACAAGAAGGCCUUCUUUAGACGGGCCCUGGCCAACAAGGGCCUGCAGGACUACCUGGCAUGUAGCUCGGACCUGCAGGAAGUGUUGCAGCUGGACCCCAACGUGCAGGAGGCUGAGAAGGAGCUGGAGGAGGUCACGGUCCUGCUCAGACAGAGUCUGUCCAGCGCCACACAGGACAAACCCAGGAAGACCGUCGCCAUCACAGAGGUCGACGGUGAGGAGGCCGUGACGGAAGCUCCAAACUCCGAGAGCAUCUUCACAGGAGACAACAUCAGCAUCAACCUCAAACCCAGCAGCGCCUACGAAUUCGGUCAGUCUUUGAACACAGCGCGCUGCUGCGGAAACACGGCAGCCUGCGCCGAACUGCUGGCAUCCACAGAACCAGAACUGCUUCCCCAGUAUCUUAGCAACCAGCUGGAUGGACCCACCAUCAGCUUCAUCGUGAAGGCACUGGACUCCCAUUUACUGGAAAAGAAGCCCGGCUUGGCGUACCGGCACCUCGAUCAGCUGCACACCACUGACAGGUUCCGAGUGGCUCUCAUGAUGCUGGAGAAGGACGAGCGUCGCUACGUGACUCAGCUCUUUGAGCGUCUUUCAGCUGUGAAGAGCGCAGAGUUCACCAAGGAUGAUGUUCAGAAUCUGGCCAACAAAUACGUCUGACCCCCCUCCCUCCACCUCCUUCACUCCUCCUCCAUGCUGCAUGAGCUGCUGCUUCUCCAGUUUGGGCUCUAUGCAACAGAACUGAGCUCACAAUGUUUCCACAGAAACUGAUUGAAAAUUUAACCGACUCCGACAAGUUCUGAAUGUCCUCUUACGUUUGGAUAAUUCUUAAGAUAUCUUUUUUUUUUUGUUCGGAACAGUUUGCUAUGCAAAUUUUAUGUACCAGCACAAACCACUUUAACUGAACAUCUGGAUCAUUUAACUUGAAAGUGUUCCAGCCUCAAUGUGGGAUCGGUCGAGUGGAGAGUCAGACAGCAGGGCGGUCUCCCCAUCUCACCCCCAGUGGUCAGCCGGGAUUACAUAACAGAAACUUGUGUUCCCAGAACAGAGCUUUGUUUAUUUGGUCCAUGAAGUUUUUGAAAUCAUAGGCCGUUGUUAACCAGCCAUGUUUAGAGAAGGUAUUCAGUGCUACUUAAGAAAACUGUGGCUGUUAGCAACUGAAGUUACCUCGCUACAACAAACAGAAACAACAAAGCUGAUUGCUGUUCGCCGUAAAAAAAAAAGUUCGUGUUUAAUUCGGUUUCACAGCAACUAUGCAACAAGAUGCAUUGAAUCACUAAGUCUUGCCACUGAUAUAAACUGGGGUCAGUAAAAUCUGCCAGGUGAGGCAAAGAUCCACAUUCACCUUCAUAUGAGCUCCAAGAAAUUAAAGCUAGAGUGAAGCAGCGUGCCUAUCGUUUUGAUUCAGCUAAAUAUUUGGUUUAGUUCCCAGUUUGAUUUUUUUAUUUUUUAUUUUUAAAUGAAACAUUUUUUGUUUUUGAUUUUUUUUGCACCGAUAGCAGUUUUCUGUCUGAUUCCAAUUUUGGCCGAUACCGAUGUUUUUGUCCAAAAGGUCGCAAAAGCAACAGUGGGGUGACGACCUCUCUCAACAGAACAAAGAGGGUCAGUAGCUGAUUUACAGAGCUUUGGAGGUAGAUAAGGCCGGCGAAUAAAAUAAAAAAAAUCACCCAAAAUUAAGGAAAUCUGGGCUGAUUCAUCAGUGCACCUCUAGAUUUUUUUUGUUCUCAAUUUGACAUAAAAUCAAACCACAAUUAAAAUCUGCAUUUUUUUACAUGCUAGAAGAAUAAAAAUUAAACAUUCUGAUUAUCCUAAACUGAGAGCUGACCCAGUUUUAAACUCAUUUCUGAAUGUACAGCGUUAAAUUCAGGGACCUGAACUAGGGGCGAAAGGCAAUAAUUCUGUAUUUUACAUUUGUUCUCUACAAUCUAGUUUUAGCUGUGUAUGUUUCAGUAAAAAUGUCAUCUGUACAGAAUUCAGAGGCCUGUUCAAUAAAGAAAGAAAAUGUCUUUCAUGCCA